UUCAGACAGGUGGAGUCAACACCAUCAGUAGCCAAUCUGGACCUGAAUCGGCACAGAGGAGACCUCAAGUUCUUUUCAUCUUUUUGACUCCAGCCAUGUCCAUGAUGCCCAACCUGUGAAGGUCCCUUACCAGCUAGAAAUUGUGCAGCAGACGAUCUCUGGACCUGUUUUGUUUUCUCUGCUAGGAGUUGCUGCAUAUAAACUGGCGAGAUGUCCCUGCUCUUUUCUCGAUGCAACUCCAUCGUCACCGUCAAGAAGGAUAAGCGACACAUGGCUGAGGUGAAUGCUUCCCCUCUCAAGCACUUUGUCACUGCCAAGAAAAAGAUCAAUGGCAUCUUUGAGCAGCUGGGGGCCUACAUCCAAGAGAGUGCCGGCUUCCUUGAAGACACCCACAGGAAUACAGAACUGGACCCAGUUACUACAGAAGAGCAGGUCCUGGAUGUCAAAGGGUACCUGUCCAAGGUCAGGGGAAUCAGCGAGGUGCUGGCCAGGCGGCACAUGAAGGUGGCUUUUUUUGGCCGGACGAGCAAUGGGAAGAGCACCGUGAUCAAUGCCAUGCUUUGGGACAAAGUUCUGCCAUCUGGGAUUGGCCACACCACCAAUUGCUUCCUGCGGGUUGGGGGCACGGAUGGCCACGAGGCCUUCCUCCUCACGGAGGGCUCAGAAGAGAAGAAGAGUGUCAAGACCGUGAACCAGCUAGCCCAUGCCCUCCAUCAGGAUGAGCAGCUGCAUGCAGGCAGCCUGGUGAGUGUGAUGUGGCCCAACUCCAAGUGUCCACUUCUGAAGGAUGACCUCGUGCUGAUGGACAGCCCUGGGAUCGAUGUCACCACGGAGCUGGACAGCUGGAUUGAUAAGUUUUGCCUGGAUGCUGAUGUGUUUGUACUGGUGGCCAACUCAGAGUCCACGCUGAUGCAGACGGAGAAGCAGUUCUUCCACAAAGUGAGUGAGCGUCUCUCCCGGCCCAACAUCUUCAUCCUGAACAACCGCUGGGAUGCGUCUGCCUCGGAGCCUGAGUACAUGGAGGAGGUGCGGCGGCAGCACAUGGAACGCUGCACCAGCUUUCUGGUGGAUGAGCUAGGCGUGGUGGAUCGAGCUCAGGCCGGGGACCGGAUCUUCUUUGUGUCUGCCAAGGAGGUGCUCAGUGCCAGGGUCCAGAAAGCCCAGGGCAUGCCAGAAGGAGGUGGCGCUCUUGCAGAAGGUUUUCAAGUGAGGAUGUUUGAGUUUCAGAAUUUCGAGAGGCGAUUUGAGGAGUGCAUUUCCCAGUCUGCAGUAAAGACCAAAUUUGAGCAGCACACAGUCCGGGCCAAGCAGAUUGCAGAGGCCGUCCGUCUCAUCAUGGAUUCCCUGCACAUUGCGGCUCAGGAGCAGCGGGUUUAUUGUCUUGAAAUGCGGGAAGAGCGGCAAGACCGGCUGAGAUUCAUUGACAAGCAGCUGGAGCUCCUGGCUCAAGACUAUAAGCUACGGAUUAAGCAGAUGACAGAGGAAGUGGAAAGGCAGGUGUCCACAGCCAUGGCUGAAGAGAUCAGGCGCCUCUCUGUGCUGGUUGACGAGUACCAGAUGGACUUUCACCCAUCCCCAGUUGUCCUCAAGGUUUAUAAGAAUGAACUGCACCGCCAUAUAGAGGAAGGCCUGGGACGAAACAUGUCUGACCGCUGCUCCACAGCCAUUGCCAGUUCACUGCAGACUAUGCAGCAAGACAUGAUAGACGGCUUGAAGCCCCUUCUUCCUGUGUCUGUGCGGAAUCAGAUAGACAUGCUGGUCCCUCGACAGUGUUUCUCCCUCAGCUAUGACCUGAACUGUGACAAGCUGUGCGCUGACUUUCAGGAGGACAUCGAAUUCCAUUUCUCCCUUGGAUGGACUAUGCUAGUGAAUAGGUUCCUGGGCCCUAAGAAUAGCCGGCGGGCCUUGCUGGGCUACAAUGAUCAGGUUCAGCGUCCUCUCCCUCUGACACCUGCCAACCCCAGCAUGCCACCCUUGCCACAGGGCUCCCUCACCCAGGAGGAGCUCAUGGUCUCCAUGGUUACUGGCCUGGCCUCUCUGACUUCCAGGACCUCUAUGGGCAUUCUCGUGGUCGGAGGAGUGGUGUGGAAGGCAGUGGGCUGGAGACUCAUCGCCCUCUCCUUUGGACUGUAUGGCCUCCUGUACGUGUAUGAGCGGCUGACCUGGACCACCAGAGCCAAGGAGAGGGCCUUCAAGCGCCAGUUUGUGGAGUAUGCCAGUGAGAAGCUGCAGCUCAUUAUCAGUUAUACCGGCUCUAACUGCAGCCACCAAGUUCAGCAAGAAUUGUCUGGGACAUUUGCUCAUCUGUGCCAGCAAGUUGACAUCACCCGGGAUAAUCUGGAGCAGGAAAUUGCUGCCAUGAACAAGAAAGUUGAGGCUCUGGAUUCACUUCAGAGCAAAGCCAAAUUGCUCAGGAAUAAAGCUGGCUGGUUGGACAGCGAACUCAACAUGUUCAUACACCAGUACCUGCAGCCCAGCAGAUAGUGGGCAGCCAGGGCGGACCUGCACCGAGAAGAGACAGGGCCGCACCUCCCAUCAGCUCUAGUCCUUGGCUGCUGCAGAGAGAAGGAAAGCACCCACUGUCUUGUACCAGUUACUCCCUACCCCCUGCAGGAAGACCCCCAGCUCAUACCCAGUGGAGACCAACAAGGACUGGACAGCUCAGCCCCAAGGAGUCAUGCAUGUGUCUGUGUCUGCUCAUCAUGCUCAGUCGGUUGGAAGUCACUGUGCAUUUGAUAAGGUCUUCCUCAGGAUGCCAUCCUGCAGAACGACUGAUGGGCGCCUUCACAGGCAUCAGGCAGGCACUCCUUUCAGCCCGAGUACACCUACAGAGAGAGAAUGUUGGGGGUGACUGGACUCCCCAGAAAAGUUCAGGGUACUGAAGAACUUGUGUCUUGCAUUUGGCCCUCAGCUUUAGCACUUUUUCCCACUUGCAGAGUCUUUCAGUUGUGCUUGGUGGCCAGGCUCACACACCCUGGGCUUUAGACUCAACCAGCUUAUAGGGAAAGCUGGAGACCCUUGCCAGCCAGAGCAAAGUAAGAGCUCAGGGGACGGUAUGUGAACUAGGGUGUCCGAUGUGGUAGUGAGGUUGGUGUCUGGCAUUGUGAUGACAAGGGACUCGCCUCCCUUCUUGCAAGUUUGCUCCAGGUGGUUAAAGGAUGUUGCAGGAGGAAUGGUGGAAGAUGGGAGCUGCCCGGGUUAGUACAGAAGAGGUCUCUCUAUCUGACCUAGCACUGAGUGGCUCACAAACCUGUAAGGCUCACCUUGCUAAUUUGAGCUCAUCCCUGCCUUGCUACAAGCUCCCUGUGGCCACCGUUCUCUGGACUGGAUUGUGCCGAUGACUGCAGCUGGUUACAAAACGACAGGAGAAGCCUGGCGGCUGUUCUCCUUCUGCCCCAACCCUCAAGCCUCCUCCUCUUCUGCUCCUGAAGCCUCCUGCUGCUUGCUUCGCCUCAUGUCAACGCUGAACUUCUUACUGUUAAGUGUUGAAAUUGUUAAUGGUCAAAACAGGGAGGAUUUCAGUCACCAAGGUUGAUUGUCUUGGAAGAGCAGUUUUAGAGUGAUGAAUCCUUUGUAGGACAGGUAGAGUUAGAGAUAAAGCACUGGGCUCCAGCCCCUCCCAGAAGCCCACAACCAGGAGCUCUCUGUGGGACCCAUGGGCCAUGUCCUCUCCUGCCCAUGUCUGUGUGUCACUUCCCCUCAGUCUACCCUUUUUGCUGGGACAGUGCUGGUCUUGGCCAAGGUCAGCGUGAAUGGAAAGACAUAGUGCAUUGCCAGGCUGGACGGGGUCAUCUCACAGUGGGUCAUUGCCAGGCUGGACGGGGUCAUCUCACAGUGGGUCAGGACACAUCAGUGUCGUGUAAUCCCAAUGAGUGUUAUGUGCUUUUUUUUUGGGGGGGGGGUAGAAUAAACUCAAAUUCUUUUUCUGUAUAGCCCUUGAGUAAUGAAUGGAAUUUUGAGCUUAUAUAAGUAAAGAUUCAUUUAUACCACCAGGGAGAGCCUGUAUCUGAGAGACGUUUAGCAGAGAGCACUUUAGUUUCUUGCUGCUAAUUGUUGUGUGAUCCUUUGCUGGGGUGUAGAAGGCACCAGACACAGUGUGUUUGCUUCUGGUAUAUAUAGGUGAUGCAUCUGCCUGGGUUACUUGUAUCUCUGCUGAUAGUAUUGGAACCUAAAAUAAAGCCCCAGUUGUGACCCUG